GGGAAAUUCUGGACCCCAAGACCAUUCUCGGAAACAUCACGCCGGGAAUGGAAGAUCAUUCAGGGCGCCGGAACCACCGGCAAAGAAGAGUAAGGGCCCAGGAGGGCAAGGGCAUAGCUCGGGGAGCGUGAGGCCACCAAGGUGUCCAAACUGUAACAGGAAUCACUCCGGGAAGUGCAAUGAACCACCCCGGUGCUACAAGUGUGGUAGCACAAGCCACCUCAAACUCUCUUGCCCAAUGUUGAGUGGAGGUGGGCCAUCGGGAGCUGUUGAGGCACCCACGUCUGGUAGGGGUCGUGCGGGACCAUCUCAGGGCGGCACGGGAAGGGGCGGACCCACGGCUAGUAACGCCGCGUCCGUUAACCAAGGGAGGACUCAGGCACGGGUGUACGCAAUGACCGAGGCUGACGCUCGGGCCAACCCGGACUCCAUUGCAGGUUAAGGCUAGAGUCCUGCUACCUGCACCUUUGCCUAGGGUGAACUCAAAUAAGGAAGACGUGGUUCGUGCUUCCAUUCUUAUUUGAAAUUAUGAAAUUGCUCAUGGAUAUUUGAACGAUGUUUUCUAUUAAACUAUUGAAGGGCCUGCGUGCUCAUGUUUGCCACGUGUGGCUAAAUGUCAAACAUACUUUAUUUCCGCAUGUGUUUGAUUUAUAUAUUGAUGUUGAUUGUAUGGGUUUACUAAUCGGUUUGGCAAUAGAAUCUUUCGGACG